AUGAGUACCGAAGAAGUCGAUACCUCAAAUCCAUUAAUAGGUGGUAACAGUAAAAAGACCAACGUUUUCGGACAUUUGUUCCGUUAUUUUGGUCUCUUAUUUAUUUGUUUAAUGACAUUAGGUAGUUACUAUAUUUAUGAUAUUCCAGCAGCUUUACAAUCACAAAUUGAAAGUUUGUAUCAUGUAGAUCAUAUUCAAUGGAAUCUUUUAUAUUCAGUUUACAGUUUCCCAAAUAUGAUUGUAGUAUUUUUUGGAGGUUAUUUUAUUGAUAAUGUUUUUGGUCUCAAGAAGGGUGCAAUUGUUUUCUGUUGUUUAGUCAUGGCAGGUCAAAUUAUUUUUGCAGUUUCAGCCAACACCAAGCUCUUUUGGUUAGCUUUAGUUGGUAGAACUAUUUUUGGUCUUGGUGGUGAAUCACUUGGUGUUGCCCAAUCAACUUUUUGUGCUAGUUGGUUCAAAGGAAGAUCAGAUAUUAAUUUAGCAUUCGCUAUCACUCUUGCUUUUUCAAGAAUUGGUAGUGCUAUUAAUUUCCAAAUUUCACCAAUGAUCUACAAUAAAACAAAUACAUCAACUGCAGUUUGGUUUGGUGCCAUUAUUUGUGGUGUUUCAUUCGCAGCAUGUGUUAUCCUCGUUAUUCUUGAUGUUAUCAGAGGUAAAAAAGAUAAAGAAGAACCAGUUGCAGCCACCGCCACCAGUUUCAUGGAUAUCAUUAGAUCAUUCAGAGAUGUUCUUUAUUUCCCAGGUACUUUAUGGUUAGUCAAUUUAUCAGUAGUUUUAUUCUACGUUCCAUUAUUUGUUUUCGUUUCAAUCUCAUCCGAUUUCUUCUUGUCCAAAUACAAUAUCACCGUUAGUGUUGCCACAACCUUAUCAUCAAUUCCAUACUAUGCUGCCGUAUCUUCACCACUCAUUGGUUUAUUAGUUGAUAUUGUUGGCCAUAAUGUUUACUUUAUGGGUAUUGCUUCAAUCUUAUUAGCUGUUGCCCACGGUCUUUUCACUUUUAGUGAUGUCAAUCCAUGGGCUGGUUCUAUUUUCUUAGGUGGCUCAUAUGCUUGUAUGGCUGCUUCCAUCUGGGCCACUAUUCCAUGUUUGGUUCCAAGCAAACGUUUAGGUUCUGCUUAUGGUUUAGCUUUUGCUUGUCAAAAUGCUGCUGUUGCCAGUUUUGGUCUUAUCAUCAAUGCCGUCAUUCAAAAGUACAACACCAAUCCACUUGCUGAUGGUUCAGAUUCAAGCCAAUAUGAUUCACCAGGUGCUUACCAAAAAGCUGGUUACAUUUUCUUUGGUCUUUCAUGUUUAUGUGUUUUAAUUCAAGCCACCCUCAUUAUUGUUGAUAGAAAGAAUAGAUGGAUUAACGUACCAUCAGCUCAAAUGAAACAAAGAGUUAAAGAUAUUAAUCCAGAAGAUGAAAAGAAACCAUUAUUAGUCAAUGAGGAUGAUAAUUAA